UAGUGACUGGUGUUAUCAUAAGUUAAGUAUAAGUCUAAUCUAAGUGUAGUUGUUCAAGUAUUUGCAAGUGCGUCUGCAUGAGUGCGCGAGUGAUGUGUCGGUUGUAUGGUAAUUAAUGAUAGUGAUACAAAAAAUAAGAUAGCAAUUCACAUUUAAAAAUGGUGUGCAACGCAAAUGACAAUGUUAAUAGAAUAGAAAUUAGUGUUAUAAAUAAAAAAGUAAAUGCAGUUGAUCGCGAAGAAAAGAUAUAUGAAUACGAAGAAGCUAUUGAUCUGACAGGCAAUGGCUGGUAUAACCGAGGUCUUCUCACUGCCCUUAGUAUUGGACUACUUGGAAUGGGUAUUGACAUUUUCGGAUUCUCAGUCAUAGUCACUGGGUGCAGUUGUGACUUCAACUUAGAAUUAUGGCAGAAGAGCAUUAUGUUGUCCAUGCCUUUUGUUGGGCCAAUAGUAAUGUCAAUACCUUGGGGCUAUAUAUCAGACACCAAAGGUAGAUGGAAAUGUUUGCUGAUAGCUUUGUGGGGAAGUUUUCUAUCUUCUUUCAUUGGAGCCUUUUCUUGCAACUGGAUUAUGUUGGCUGUUAUGAAAGUUUUCAGUUCAUGUUUUUGCAGUGCAGUCCAGUCAGGGGCCUACGCGUUGCUUGGCGAAUCUUGCUCGACGAAAGUCAGGGGAUUUUAUAUGCUGAUAAUGACCAGUGUUCUUAUGCUGUUCUUGCUAUGCUAUGUUGUUCCUGGCUACUUCAUACUCCACUUGACCUUCGCGGCUGAUCUGGUAUUCAUUCAGUUCACACCUUGGCGGCUCUUAACCAUUGUAAUGGCAGCUCCUUUAGGAAUCAGCGCAUUCCUUCUUCAUUUCUUCUACGAGAGCCCAAAGUUCCUUGUCAAUGCUGGUCGGGAACGAGAAGCUUUGGAAUACCUGGAGAAGAUGUGGCUGAAAAAUGGAGGAAAUGAAAAUGAGUAUCCAGUGAAAAGAGUGACCUUGAAAGAAGAAGCAAAAGUAAGAUUAGUAGACAAUGAUAAGGCAAAUCUCUUAGUAUCCCUGUGGAGACAAACUAUACCAUUAUUCAAACCGCCUUUAAUUUGGAAAACCUUACAGAUGUUCUUUUUGACUACUGUCAUUUAUAGUAUUAACAAUAGCUUAAUAAUGUGGAUGCCGUACAUUGUGGAGGCGUUCACGGCUGGUGUGAGUUCUGAGUCUCUAUCGGGAAGUUUAUGCAGCAUUAUUAUGAGGAUAUCAAAUGCAACUGCCUCUUCUCAUGAUGUAAUCAUCUGCUCAUCAUCAAUCCAAUCCCGGACCUUACUCUCUGGAGUAGUCCAUGGCGUCGUCUUCGCUGGUAUUACCCUAGCAGUAUCAAAACUUGCUUCUAGAAAGAAAGCUAUAAUGAUUGCUUUUCUUCUUAUACCUAUGCUAUCUAGUUUGACAGCAGUCUUCAACCAGAAUAAUAUUGCCAGUUUACUUCUGUACGUUGGUAUGACGAUGACUAAUCUAUGUAUGGGAGUUCUUUUCGCGUACUACGUGGAGUUGUUUCCUACUUCUUAUAGGAAUUCUCUAGCGAUAUCACAACUCGGUCGCGUGUGCCUGUCUACGUUUUAA